UUGGUGUUGUUUCGUAACUGCAAAUCCUUCCUAAUACAAUGGAUGUAUUUAAGAAUGUAAGCCUAUUCCUGAUGAAUGAAGAGUGCUACGAUAAGUACUUCUUGGAGUUCGAUUUCUUCGAUGCGGACUGCUUCAGGAGUUUACUCAGUAAAUGCUUGGGACUGGGCAUCAUUGCCGGCUCGGUUCUCGUGAAGGUGCCGCAGAUCCUCAAAAUACUCAGCAACCGCAGUGGAGAAGGAAUCAGUGCGGCGAGUGUUCUGGUUGAAAUUUGCGCUAUUACCGCUCACAUUUCCUACAGCUUCGUUAAGGGAUUUCCCUUCAGUGCAUGGGGAGAUGGAUCCUUUUUAGCCGUUCAGACUGCAGCCAUCGCCGCUCUUGUCUUCUACUUCGGAGGCUCUCCAGGAAAGGCUGUGGCAUUCCUCGUUGCAUACGUUGGCGUCCUGUACGUCCUCAUGGGUGGCCUGACACCGCUGGAUGUCCUCUGGACAAUGCAAGCCUGUAAUGUACCUGUUAUCUUCAUGGGAAAGAUGAUCCAAGCGGUCACGAAUUACAAGAAUCAGAGCACCGGACAAUUGUCGGCUGCGACAUGCUUCAUGCUAUUCUUCGGCGCCUUGGCACGCAUCUUCACGUCCUAUCAGGAGACUGGUGAUCCUAUGAUGAUUCUCACCUACUGUGUGUCCACAAUUGCCAACGGAAUCAUCGUUUUCCAGCUGAUCUACUACUCCAAAGGCAAGGGCAAGGCGCCAAAGAGUGCAAAGAAGCUGGAAAAGUCUGCACCAGCAAAAGCCGCACAAAAAGCAAAAAGCAAGAAAGCCGAAUAAGUACUAAUCAACUGAAUAAAGCAAUAUCAUGCGAUGUAGCUGCUAAAGCCAUGCUAUUAAUGGCAAGACUAUUAGGUUUGGAGAUUUUAUUUGUAAGUCACUUUUGAGGACGGGUACUCAAAACAAAUAUGGAUAAACUGCUAAACAUAAUUUUACUAUGAAAAUUCCAAUAAAUACCUUCGCCUGAUUCAGUUGUUUCAAUAUUCAGAGUUGGAAAAACAGCUCAAAUCUCGAGAUAAAUCCACUUCAGUUUAGCAUGAUUCC